UGCCCGCGCCGCAGCGGCCCCUCAGGUACGCGGACAAGAUGGCGGCGGCAGCGGGGGACAGCGCCAUGGAGGUGGUGCCGGCGCUGGCCGAGGAGGCCGCAGGCGAGGCGGCGGGGCCCAGCUGCCUGGUGCAGCUGCCGGGCGAGGUGCUGGAGUACAUCCUGUGCAGCGGCUCCCUCACGGCGCUCGACAUCGGCCGCGUGUCCAGCACCUGCCGCCGGCUGCGCGAGGUGUGCCAGAGCAGCGGCCAGGUGUGGAAGGAGCAGUUCCGGGUGAGGUGGCCCUCCCUGAUGAAGCAUUACAGUCCCACCGACUACGUCAAUUGGUUAGAGGAGUAUAAAGUUCGGCAGAAAGCUGGGUUAGAGGCCCGGAAGAUUGUAGCCUCCUUCUCCAAACGGUUCUUCUCAGAGCACGUUCCUUGUAACGGCUUCAGUGACAUUGAAAACCUGGAGGGGCCGGAGAUCUUUUUUGAGGAUGAGCUGGUGUGCAUCCUAAACAUGGAAGGAAGGAAAGCUCUGACCUGGAAAUACUACGCAAAGAAAAUUCUGUACUACCUGCGGCAGCAGAAAAUCCUGAACAACCUCAAGGCUUUCCUGCAGCAGCCUGACGAUUACGAGUCCUAUCUGGAAGGUGCCGUCUACAUCGACCAGUACUGCAACCCUCUCUCCGACAUCAGCCUCAGAGACAUCCAGGCCCAGAUCCAUAGCAUCGUGGAACUUGUGUGCAAAACCCUCCGUGGUAUCAACAGCCGCCACCCCAGCCUGACCUUCAGGGCAGGCGAGUCCCCCAUGAUAAUGGAGAUAGAGCUCCAGAGCCAAGUGCUGGACGCCAUCAACUAUGUCUUGUACGACCAGCUGAAGUUCAAAGGGAACCGCAUGGACUACUACAACGCCUUGAACCUCUACAUGCACCAGGUGUUGACCCGCAGAACAGGAAUCCCCAUCAGCAUGUCUCUGCUCUACCUGACCAUCGCCCGGCAGCUGGGGGUCCCGCUGGAGCCCGUCAACUUCCCAAGCCACUUCCUGCUGAGGUGGUGCCAAGGCGCAGAAGGGGCAACCCUGGACAUCUUCGACUACAUCUACAUAGAUGCUUUUGGGAAGGGCAAGCAGCUGACGGUGAAGGAGUGUGAGUACUUGAUUGGCCAGCACGUGACGGCAGCGCUAUACGGCGUGGUGAAUGUGAAGAAGGUACUGCAGCGGAUGGUGGGCAACCUGCUGAGCCUGGGCAAGAGGGAAGGCAUUGACCAGUCCUACCAGCUCCUCAGAGACUCCUUGGACCUGUACCUGGCGAUGUACCCGGACCAGGUGCAGCUCCUGCUCCUCCAGGCCAGACUCUACUUCCAUCUGGGUAUCUGGCCAGAGAAGUCUUUCUGUCUUGUCUUGAAGGUGCUUGACAUCCUCCAGCACAUCCAGACCCUUGACCCCGGGCAGCACGGGGCGGUGGGCUACCUAGUGCAGCACACACUAGAACACAUUGAGCGCAAGAAGGAGGAGGUGGGCGUGGAGGUGAAGCUGCGCUCCGAGGAGAAGCACAGAGAUGUCUGCUACUCCAUCGGGCUCGUGAUGAAGCACAAGAGGUACGGCUACAACUGUGUGAUCUAUGGCUGGGACCCCACCUGCAUGAUGGGGCAUGAAUGGAUCCGCAACAUGAACGUGCACAGUCUGCCUCAUGGCCACCAUCAGCCCUUCUACAAUGUGCUGGUGGAGGAUGGCUCCUGCAGAUACGCAGCCCAAGAAAACCUGGAAUACAACGUGGAGCCUCAGGAAAUCUCACACCCGGACGUGGGGCGCUACUUCUCAGAGUUCACAGGCACGCACUACAUCCCAAACGCAGAGCUGGAGAUCCGGUAUCCUGAGGACCUGGAGUUCGUGUACGAGACGGUGCAGAACAUUUACAGUGCGAAGGAGGACCCAGCCGAGUAGACUCAGGGGAGGUCGCACCUUUGCUGCUGCUGCCGCUGCUGCUGCCGCCGCUGCCUUCUGGGGGACCAGGAUUCCUGAAGGACACGUGCCGGCCCCUGGAGUCAGCACAGGACAGCCACUUCACCAGCAGCCUUGGCUGCCUCCCACUUUAGAUGGCGUGUGCUCCUCCGGCCACAGAGACAGCGUUGCUCUCCGCUACACUAGUGAAUCAGUUGAAAGGCACCGUGUCCAGUGGCAUGGCUUGUCUGCUUGUCCCGUGGUGACAGUGUGUGACAUUCUGUCUUCAUGAGGUCUCACCGUCCACACUCUGUUCUUUCACCCUCUUCCCAUCCUGUCUCCAUUCACACUGUGUCAGCGUUUCUCCAGCUGGACAGACGGGCUCCACAUUUCCUGCUCUCUAGAACUUGGGCACCCGAGGCAGGACCGCCUGCCCCUCUGCCUUGAGUGUGGUUGUGUUCACAUGAAGGCAUGGAGAUGGGACUCGGAGCCUUUUUUAUUUUAUUUUUAUUUUUUAUUUUUUGUUAAUACAUGAAACACAGAUUUUAAGUGUUCCCUUUCCCCCUUUUAAUUUAAUUGGGAGAAGGAACGGCACCAUCUCCCUUGUCUCCCACUGGGGUCUGUGCACAUUUCCACCCAUUGUGAGCUUCCGUCUGACUCCGUUGGCUCUCUGAGCAAAUGCACAGCAAUGGCCUUUCCCAGUGCCGUUCUCCACAUUCAACAGCUGCUCCGUUAAUAUGACUACUUGUUUAAUUUAGGAAUCUGCCCCAGUGCCAGGAGUGGGUCUUAAGUUGGUCAUAGGUCCAUUUCCCUAGUGAGGCCUGCAGACCGGAUGAAAAUUGCUCUUAAAACUUGUAGCUCCUGGUCCCCAAAGACCAAGAGAAUGGUUUGUGUUCUGAUCAGGAAAAUGAACUAGAGAAGCGUAACCGGGAUAAACAGGUCUCACACCCCUGUCACCCCUUAGAGUUACAUCCAGACCCUCCAUCCUGAGAGUAUAGGGCUUUUGGGAAGAGGAGUGCAUGCUCUGGGCUUCAAGCUGCCAGUCUGAAGGCUCCAGGACACUGUCCAGGAUGAGGUCUAGCCUCGGGUCACCCUGCCUUCACCUGAUGCUCUGUAGCAGAUCCUAGCAGGGGCCACCAGGUUCUCAGACAAGCUGCCUUGUAGGUAGUUACCCAUCGGGCUGACGGCACCUCUGCCCUGCGUUAAAAUGCCAUUGCUCUAGUGAGGAGGCUUUAGGGAGCUGCCUGCCUGCCCCGCCUGCCUGCCUUCUGCAUGUGUAUUCUCACAACACUAGAUGACUGCCCCCUCCUUGAUUGCCCUUCACCAGCCCCGGGAUGACAGGAGGGAGACCAUUGGGUAGUCUCGGGAGGGACAGGAAGCCGGAGGCUCUUGCAGCUGAUACGGCUCUCGCCCAGCGUCCGUGUCUCACCAGUCAGAACUCAGAGGCGGGUUUGAACUCGUAUUUGGCAGUUGGACGGACCACUUAGCAUCUGCCUGAGGCUGGAGGAUCUUACAGCUACUCAUUUCAAGGUGAAAACCAACCCACACAGAUUCACACUCUUGCAUCCCCGUAACUAAGCAGCCGCGGAGCAUGCUGGGAGUUCCCAUUGUUGGGCUUCUGCUUUGAUCUCCUUUUUCCAUAGAGAAACAUUGAGGCUGAGAGAUGGUUUCCCUCCCUGACCUGACUGUAAAUAUGUACCUAGACUGUUUUUAAACGUGUCUCUCCACGAAGGCUUCGUUUGGCUGAGGGAGCCUGUAUCACCCGUGUAAGUUGGUAUUUGGGCACUUUAUAUUUUUCUAAAAAUGUGUUUUGGAUCCUGUACUCUAAUAAAUCAUAAGUUUCUUUUUAAAAAUUUUUCCAAAAGUUUUCUCCAUUUUCAAAAGCCCUGUUAUAACAAGUAGAACUUUCACAAUGUUAAAAUACUAAAUAUUUGGUUAUAGCAACUUCUCUUCAAAUGAAUGCCAAGGGGUUUUUUUGUUUUGUUUUAUUUUUUUGGUUUCUUUUGUACAAUUAAUAAACGAACUUACCGAGAGAAACCACA